UUAGAGUCAAUUAGACAUUUAUGUGCUUUUGCCUGUCACAUGAACUUUCCUCUGUUUCAAAUGGAUGUUAAAAGUGCCUUCUUGAAUGGAGACAUUCAAGAAGAAGUCUAUGUAUCCCAACCUCCUGGUUUCUCUGAUUUUCAGCAUCCUGACUAUGUGUAUAAGCUGAACAAAGCUCUCUAUGGGCUUAAACAAGCUCCUAGAGCUUGAUUUAAUCGCUUGACCACAUUUCUUAAGGAUCAGGGAUUUACUCAAGGGUCUGUUGACCAAACGUUGUUUACUAAAACCUCGGGUCAUCAUUUUCUUAUUGUCCAGGUUUAUGUUGAUGGCAUUGUGUUUGGUUCUACUGAUUCCUCCAUGUGCACUGAGUUCUGUGAGGCUAUGAAAUCUGUGUUUGAAAUGAGUAUGAUGGGUGAGCUUCAAUUUUUCUUUGGGCUCCAGUUCAAACAAACCUCACAUGGUACUUUUAUUAGUCAAUCCAAAUAUAUUCAUACCAUGUUGCAAAAGUUCAAUCUUUCCAAUAUCAAUUCCAGCCCUACUCCCUUGGUUGUGAAUCUUAAAUUGGACAAAUAUGAAAAUGGGACACCUGUAGAUGAAAAACUGUUGCGGGGAAUGAUUGGUUCGCUCCUUUACUUGAAGGCAAGUUGUCCUGAUAUUCAGUUCAGUGUGUGUUUAUGUGCAAGGUUUCAGGCAGCCUCUAAAGCUAGUCACCUUGCAGCAGUUAAACGCAUUUUUCGUUCCUUAAAAGGAACUUUAACUAUCGGUCUAUGGUAUCCUAAGCACGAUACUUACUUGGCUAUAGUGAUUGUGACUUCGCUGGAAGUCUUACUAAUCGCAAAAGCACAAGUGGAGCCUGUCAAUUAGUUGGAACUUCCUUAGUCUCUUGGUCUUGUAAAAAACAAGGGGUUGUAGCCCUUUCCACAGCUGAGGCAGAGUACAUAGCUACUGGAGGAUGUUGUACUCAACUUCUUUGGUUGAAAUAUCAAUUACGAUUAUGGUUUACAUAUUGCUGAUAUACCCUUAUACUGUGACAACACUAGUACUAUUUGUAUGAAAAAAACCCUGUCCAGCACUCUAGGACCAAACACAUUGAGAUAAAAUAUCACUUCAUUCGUGAGCUUGUUCAAAAACAGGUUAUCUCUCUUAACUAUAUCUCUACUGAAUUUCAGUUGGCAGAUCUGUUCACUAAACCCUUGUCCUCUAAUCGGUUUGUUUUUCUGUUCUAUGAAAUUGGGUUGCGGCCCAUAGAAAAUCUCACUGAUUUCCUUACUGAUUAGCUUGCUAUGUUUUGCUUUUAGUCUUUCCUUUUCGUUUUUCUUUCCUUUGUUUUCUUGCAAUGAUUUUUAUUUCCAUAUUUUGGUCUAUUUUAUAGCGAUUUGUGUGUCUCUGUUUCCUUGUCUGUGGUGGUGAUUCUCUUUCCCGUUCUUAGUUGCUUUGCUCUCUAUAUAUUGUUGUUUCUUAUGUGUUUCUUUUCACGCUUUUUUGUUAUCGUUUGUCUUUCCUUGUCUUCAGGCAUGAAUCGUGUGCUCGCUCGCACUUAUACUGACUGCCUUUUCUCUAAACCUGUGUCUCUCAGUCGCCAUCGUCAUAGUCUCUACUAUGAGAAUCGUCCACUGCCACCCCCAUUUGUGUCCAUUUUCCUGAUUUUGUGGAUUAUGGCAUGGAUGUUAGGGGGUUCAUUCAUAAUCUUGGCUGGGACUUCCUGUUGUUAGAUCCUCCCUCUUUGAUCUGUCCCGAGCUUGUUCGUUAUUUCUAUUCCAAUCUGCGCUCUUUUGGUCUUCACAACCGCAGUUUCUCCACUUUUAUCUUUGGUCAUCUGGUAACCAUUCCUGUCCCUGAACUGGCUCGCCUUUUAAACAUUCCAUCCAUAGGCGAAGUUCUGGCUCAUGAAUCCGAGCUUUGGCGAUUCAAUUUCAGUAUUGCUGCAAAGUUUGUUCAGUUGACUGGUGUUCAUCCUGGCCCAGCAACCUAUCUUCCAGUUACUUCUGUCCUCCCUAGCCUUCGUGCACUUCACUUUAUUAUCACCAGAAUCCUGUUGCCUCGUACCCAAUCUCUAGAUGUUAUCCUUCCUAUGGAUCUUUGGAUAAUGUCUCAUGCUAUGAUUGGUGUACCAUAAGAUUUCUCCUAUCUCCUCUUUGGAGUCUUCAUGACAUUCGGAGACUCUAGUUUUCCUGGUCCCCUUCAUUUUGGGCCUCUCAUCACUCAGCUCAUUCUGCGUCUCGGCAUUAGUAUCUCUCUCUUUCAAACUGAGCAACCCUCCAGGUUCUUCACCGUUGAUCAAGUCCUUGAUGAUUUGGAGCUUGAAAACGAGGUGGAGAUGGCUGAUGAUGACCCUGAAGAAGAUAAUGAAGACGACCCUAAAGCUAUGGCAGAGGAUAACCCUGAAGGCGUUACUGGAGAAGCAAAUCUGGAAGAUAAUGAUGCCACUACUCUUGAUCACUUUGCUGCGGCUCUGGCUUAUGCUGAAGAAGGUUUUCACGUUGCUGCUAUUGCUGCAGAAAUGGCUGGAGGACUAGCUGGUAGACUUGUGGACUACAGCUCUGACGAGUUUGGCCCUCAUGAUGACUGAUAUUCUUUUACUUAGGGGGAGUUUUUGUUAGGGGGAGUUAUUGUUUUCUUUGUGCACCAAACUUGAAACUUGAAACUUUUCUAGUGUGUUGCUUUGGGUGAUUGUCCUUUUCUGGAUUGAUGGUUGGUCUUAUUAUUGUAAGAAUGUUUAAACCGUUUUGCUGCGAUUGAAUGUUUGGUCUGUAGUUUUGGUUGGUGUGUGUUGUUCUCUCAUUUUUUUGUAGGUCGUGUUUCAUUUGCAAGAACUGAUCUAGGGGGAGAUUGUUGGGCGAGAUCAGAGCAGCAACUAAUCUGUGGCAAGAUUGGAGCAUCAAAUUCGACAGAAAAGGAAGGAAGUUCAUUCUGGGAAACUUAUUCAAUGUUGGAGCAACGGACAUUUCUUCCCAACGGCUAGAAAACGAGGCUAUAUAUUGUCUCUUCUCUGAUGCAGAUCAACAACUUUUUACAUCUAAGACAAAAGCGGUCGAGGGCUUUAUUUUUUUAGUAAAAAGGGAUCUUCUCCAGAGGUAUAGAUUCUGAGAGAGUGGCUGAAGGGUGCAGAGUUUUGAGUAAAAACUCUGGCUGUCUUAUUCGUACUUUACCUUUCAAUUUCCGUUGUAAUUGAGUCCAUUAAAGCAGAAAAUUGAUAGUGUCUCUCGGCAGUGGUGUUGACUGUUGCCGGGACGAGGAAGUAGCCAUUGUUGGGUGAACCUCGUUAAAAUUGUCUCUGUGUUCAUUGCAUUUCAAUUUCCUUUUUCUUUCCCUGCUUUGUAUCUCUGUUCUGCUUCUGGAGUUGGAAGAUUGAACAGAGUACGACUCUGUUUAUUGCCUUACAGGGAUUGGCACUCAAAAGCCCACUUGGCUUUGCGUCUCUAUUAAACUAUUGGGCACGUUGAUCAGCUAGCCAUAAACGAACAAAAUGAAAGCAAGUGAAAGGAGACACCUCAUGAAUGAGCGACUAAUACGACAUCGCCAUGGAUUACCAUCAUCAGUUAUGGGUUCCCAACUUCCAACUUCCCAUCCAAGUGAUCCCUUCACCUGAUUCUUUGAACCAUGAGAAAACCCCAGAAUAAAGUUCUUCAAGAAGAGGAUAUUUUCCAGCAUCAGGGCACAAUUUCAGAUAUGCUCGUUCCUUGUCAAGAAAAUCCCAGCUUCAAAAAUCAUUAAGUACAACAAUGAUUAGGGACAGUCAAGAACAAAAAGAGCAAAAUCAAACAUAAAAUGCAAAUAAGCGUAGAAGGGAGAUUAAGAAGCAGAUCUAAACUAGGGUUCAAAGACUACCUAAGGCGAUAAGAAUCUCUGGAAUUGAACGCAUCACCAGUAUUUCGUGCAGAUAAGAUAAAAAAAUACGUCAAACAGAGGAACUGAGAAGAACCUUUCGACGAAAACAGAGAGAUAACACUUAAACUAUAAACGAACUUACGAAUCAUGUUAAUCUUCGACCUCGUUACAUCACCAAAAUCCGUCAUUUAAUCUAUUUACAACUCAACCAUCUCCUCGAUCUGCAUUGUUUGCUAAGAUUGGACGACCAACUCGGCAAACUGAAAUCCCCAUUAACGAUCUCAACGCCAAAACGUCAUCAGAAAAGAGACGAAACAUCCUUCUGCCGAAAAUGAGAGCACAGAGCAUUCAGGAAAGAUCAGAAAACAAACUCAAUAGACAAUAGGAGAGCGAUAAUAAUCACCUUAAACCAAAGCGCGAAUCAACUUAUCUUGGCAGUAACAUCUCUUUGCUGCCCUUAAUGCACACCGAUUCAUAUUCACCCGCUCGAACACCGAGGGCACAAUGGAGAUGAAAAUGGUGAGAAACAACAUAGCUAAAAGAGAAAAUCACAAAACAAAGAAGCAGGAAGAGAAGAGAGAGAAGCAAAAAAACAGCGUAAAGGGCUUUAGAAGAGAUGAGUGAGAUCCUUGAGGACAAAGUGGGAUAAAAUAAAGGGAAAGAGUGAUGAAAGAAAAAGAUAAAUGUCAG